GCGGGAGGCGCGCUGGUGCUGAUGAUGAUGGUGGAGUUUUCUCUUUUCCGCUGAGCUGGCUCGGGCCUUGGUGGCGUUGCCUGUUCCUGCCCUGCCUUGCCUCUGCCCGCCCGGCCGUCACGGACGGUCACAGGAGGAGGAGGCGCGCCACGGCGGCGCGCCGCCCCGCCCCGCCACGCCACGGGAACUUGCCAAGCUACAAAGGAACUUGUCAAGCUCUCAAAGCUGGCUGCCUCUCUAAAAGCCACUCUCCGCCGCGCCGCUGGCAGCGCAACGACGACGGCUGGCAAGAGCCUCCUCGGCCUCCUCCCUGGCUUCCCCUCUCUCCCACAUCCUCCUGCUUCUCCUCGCCCCCCUCUGUGGUCGGGAGCCUUGUAGCAGUGUAGAAUGGUGUAGAGGAGAGGGGCCGUAGAUGGUAUGGCGAAGCGAAACGACCAACGCGAGGACACGCUCAGGGGCCUCCCCGUCCAGCAGAGCGCCCUGUUUCGUAAGCCCUUCUGGGACGGGGCCCGGGGCCGCACCACACUGUGGCGAAAGCGUCGCUGGCAGGCAACUCAGGAAACGAGUGGCUGUCGACUGAAACGCUGUCGCCAAACCUCGAAACGUUUCAUUGGGGGGAAUGACCGGCGGACUCCACCACCGGCGUCCGCUUAAUCAUUAAGGCUGCUUAACUGUCGCUUAAUUAUUGACAUUCCAAUCCGCUUAACGGACAACGCGGUGAGGAUUGUUUCGCUGUCAGGUCCCAAACCCACUGGCGCAGAUUCGCAGAUGCGUGGAUAAACGUGUGCCCUAAAAAAUGAAAACUCCGUUCUCUCUUUAGCAUUGAGAACAAAAGAGCUCCAGCGAGAUAUUCUGCCCGUUACGUUCCCAGCUGUGGGGCACAGCGCUGUCUGUGUGGCUUUGUGCUUUGUGGGGGCCGAGCUGGGCUGCCUGGGCUGGGGCCGAGGCUGCCGGGGCCCCGCGUGGGGCGUGGGGUCGGGUCGGGCCGCAUACCUUCGCCUCAGUGGCUGUGCCAUGGCUGUCCUGUGGCUGCAAGGUGGCUGUGCUGCAGUGGCUCCGGGCAGCCGAGUGGUGCCGACCAGAGCCGAACACCGCGCCGAAGUCACGCUCGCCCCGCCCCACCCGGGUGCCUCCGCCUCCUCCACUCUACGCCACUCCCCACUUCGCACCAUCGUGCGGGUGUGCCAGCCGGGGGCUUUGAGGAUAGAAGGAUAGAGGAGAGGGAGUAGAAGACCGUUCUAUGCGGGCUGGCUGGGCUGGCUCUGGCUCCGCGGGCGGGUUGGGUUGCUUGGGACAGCGACAGCAGUGACAGCACGCUGUUCCCCCGCUCGCCUCGUCUAGAGCCCCGUCUGUUCAGCGCCGUUCUCCUUGCUGCGCUCGCCGCGCCCGCCCCGCGCCGCGACGCGCCGCGGACCAAACCCUGAGCAGCGGGCGAACCCGAGGAGAACCCGUCACGGGCUCGACCUGCGCUGCGCAAGCGCUGCGCUUCUUGUUUGUUUUUCCGCGUUCGAUAUGACCCACCGUCAUUAGUACGCGCGCGGCGGGCAGCAUUCUCGAUCUCCACUCGUCACGGACUUCACCGAAGCUCUCGCGGCGCGUGACGGCGGAUACGGCGGAGCUUCGCGGGACUUCGCGGCUCGCGCUGCGGCUGCGCUGCGGAGGAGGAGCGAUCGGCGCCCGGUCUCAGAGGGAGUCUAAAAGACAUUUGCGCCGGGCUUUAUAGUAAUGCGUCUUGUUUCUGUGCGUAUGUGCUUCCAAGGAGUGGGCAUGAGAAGAGUGUCGCGGAAGUAUGCAACCUUUUUGAUAUUGGUUGGCAAUGAGCAACUUAUUUCUUAAUGAACCAUCAGAUUUACAAGAUGAGCCCCAUGCUGGAAGUAACUGUCAUAGGCAAAGCAUAGAAGGUGAUUUUUCCAAACGCCUUCUGUGCCUUAAGCCUGGUUGUGAACAUCUACAUUUCAAAAGUGAAGUUGAGCACCGGAAUCAUCUCUUAGGGCAUAUCACAUUGCCAACUGUCGUUGUACCAAGACUUGACCAUUCAACUCUACAGAAGCCUUUCAACAACCCUACUGCCAAACAGGAGUCACUUAAAGUCCGAUUGAAGUUAACAAGUCAAGCUGGAUCAGACAAACGGGCAUUUAAGGGCAUCCUAGCCAGUGGACAUAAUAGACAAUCAAUAGAAAGUGCUGAGCAGAUCUCUGACUUUUUUACAUUUGAGGACCUAUUGAAUCAAACUGACAUUCGUUGUCUGAAGGUUGUCAAACAGUCUCAGAAAGUACUUUCGGGCCCUGGUGGUCUAUUCUGUAGCUUUAAAGAAGAGACGGUAACUGAGUUACCUGAAAAAACUUUCACCACUCAACAAGAUCGGUCUUCCGGAAGGAGGCCAGUGUCUGAAGUCGAGCUGGACGUGCUCACUGACCCUACAGAUUUUGAGGAGCAGGGAGGCAGUGUCAGCAACUCUGAGGAGCAGCCUGAACAAAAUCGGUAUAGAGACGGAGAAGAACGUGAGAACGACUUGGAAGAGGAAGAGGACGAAGAAGAAGAAGAAGAUUACGACGAAGGAGGCAGAGAAGAUUACGAAGAAGGAGGUAGAGAAGAAGACACAGAGGAUUCAGCGAGUCAAGAGCCCUCCACUGCACCUCCUUCACCUUCUCCCAGUGAAAUUCUGAGACCUCGCGGUCUUCUAGCACCUGAACAGCUAGUUGAUGACGAUUCUUGUUAUCCACGCUCUCCCCCAAUUUCACCAACAAGAAUGGUGGAGAUGAAUGGUUCAACAUCUGCAGUCAGCGGAUCAGACAAUGAUAGCGGGCUUUCAAGAUCUCCUGGGGCCUUUACUGGAGGAUCUGGAGCUGGUGGGGAAGAAGAAUCAUCAAUAAAUUGGGACGAGUUGGUUAAUCAGGCCUCUAGUGCUCAUAGCAACAAUGACUCUGAUACCUCCCAUGAAAAUGGACAGACUGGUGGGAGCUCAAAUGGGAAUAUUAACAACGUUGUAUCAGAAAUUGGUGCUAGCAGUGUUGCAUCCAACAUUCUCGAAAAUGACCCAUUAUUACUGCCAGAAAGCUCUUCUUCAGCUGAGGGAGAACAAGAUAAUUUGAACCUUUUGCAAAACUUGACAUCAGAUGCUUUGCCAACUGAAGUUGAUAGAGGAGCUGGAAGUGAGACAGAGUAUAUGUCUUUGGAUCGUCUUGGAGACGCAGGCUUUUGCUGUGAAGUGUGUGGAGAGCGCUCUCAAGAUCAGAGAGUUUUGGAAGAACAUCGAGCUUUGGCAGGUCAUUAUAAAUGUCAAAUUAUGCCUGAAUGCGGAUCUAUUGUCUGGGCAACUUCAGCUGAGUUAGCUGCACAUCAGUCCUCCAUCCAUGGAGUAAAUGCUUCUCAAUCUCAUCAAUCUCAGUCAUCUCCACACACACCAUCUCCUAGAACAUCUCCUCGAACUCCUGGAACACCUCCUGUUCAGCAGCUUGCACAGCAAGUCCAGAGGCUCCCAAUACCCCCACAGGCUGGCUAUCCCCCUAUACCUGGUGUUCAGUAUCCUGUUCCCCCUCAGAUGGUGCCGAUGAUGCCACAGAUGAUGCCUGGUCAAAUGCCCGGUCAAAUGCCCCAGAGAAGACCUCCUAUGGGUUAUCGCAUGCCUAUGCCUAGCCAAGCAGGAUUUGGUCCUGGGUCACCCAACCAACAGCAGCCAGGAUUUUCUGGUUCUAUUCAACCUCGCCCAUUGAAUACACUAGUUGCUCAACAGCCACCGAGAGGGCCAGCACCAGGUCGCCUUCCUCCAGGAGUUAUGCCACCAAGAGGAAUGGUUCCGUCCACCAGAGGACAGAAACGAUCUGGCCCAGUACCAGGUGUUAUGCCUCCGGGAGCUAAACAGAGGAGAGUGGAAGGCAUGAUGCCACCUCAGUCAGACAAUGGGCCAGGGAAGAAGAGUGAUGCCAAUGCUGUGGCAAACAUUUUGGCCACAAGGGGAAUAACCGUGACACCUGCAGGAGGUGCUGCAGGGCCUCGUGGUGCUCCAGCCCAGCCCCCGCCUCAAGCUCGCCAGCGGCAGAACAUGCUCGCGCCAGCUCCACCUCCUCCUGUCACUACUCUCAACCUGAACUCUUCAAUUUCCAUCAUACCAACAACAGGCGCGGCGGGCAAUGGAAGACAGCAGAACAAUGCUGGAUUUGCCAUACCUCAAGCUCGUUCAGCAGGACGUCAGCAAGUGGCCACCACUAAUGUUGAUAGGCCCCCGCGCCCUCCUACAGUGGACCUCACUGGAGAUGGCCCACAGGCAGGUUCAACUAGACUUCAAAUGGGCCCCACUAAUUAUCGUGGUAGAGGCCGGCCGAGCACUCUGACUCGCACCACUUGUCAGAUUUGUGAUAAAGUAUUUGCAUCUCACGACAUGCUUAAUCAACACAUGUUCACUGUGCACCGGCAAGCUGCUCCAGGCAAACUUCCUUUUAGAUGCAACCUUUGCAACGCACAAUAUCCAACCAAUCAAGGCCUUCAGCAACAUCGUCAAACAUACCACAAAGAGACAAUGGGCAUGAAUACCGCCCUUGCUCCUGGAGAAGAAAUGGUCAUACCUCUUAUUGACCUCAAACAACCAGGUGUAGCUCAACGGCUGGGUCAGCUUGGUAUUCACCACUGCAUUCCAUUGUCUGGGCUUGGUAAUCAGUCCAAUGGAUAUUUUUCACUUCCUGUUGUCUCAAUUGAUGGUUCACGUCCAGGGGCAGCAGGUAACCUGCGCUCCCUAGGAGCAAGUGGUGUUCUUUCAAUCGGUCCCAUCAAACUUGUUCCUAAGUAGUAAUUAAAACUAUGACAGGCUUUAAAAGGCUUCCUUUAAUGUUCCUAUUUGUAAGAUAGUAAUGUUAGAACUUCAUGUCAAAUUGUACAACUCUACAGCGUUUAUGAAGGCUUUGUUAGGAUGUGUAAAGAUAUUUUCAAAUGACUGAUAUGUAUUUAUUUUGUUGAUAUUAUCUACCUAUAUAGGCAAGUUAGUGUUUUGUUGUGAAUUUCAUAGCUUGUGUAACACAGAUAUUUGCCAACAUUUUAACAAUUGUAAUUCUGACUGGUUAAACUUACACUAUAUAAAAGCUUUUUCAUGUUCCACAUUUUUUUUUUUUUUUCUCUUUUGUAUGUUUCAAUACUAGCUAUGAACAACUACGUAUAGUUCUUACGACAGUGUGAUCUCAGAAUUGCUGUUAAGAGAAAGGGAAUGGUCAUGACUCACAGGGACAUAGACCCAAAGUUUUAAGAUAUUUAGCACUAUAUCUUCAAAUAUCUCUUGUAAAUACACUUUAAAGAAUUCACUAAUGUAAUAUGUAUUUAUUUUAUGCAUAUCAACUGGUAUUUACCUACUUAAAAGUUAAUAGAAAACUUCAAUCUCUCUUUUUAUUUCAGUAUUGAUUUGUUAUUAUGAGAUUAUCUUUAGUUUGGUCAGAAAAUGUAUUUUAAACUUUGUGCAGUGUAACUGAAUUCACUCACUUGAACACACUAUUUUGACCAUGUAUAAACUUCUUUCUUUUGUCUUAAACUUUCCUUAUGACUGAUUUAACAUUGUCAUGUUGAGCAAAUGGGUGAAUGCAGAUACAGAAAUUAUGAAAAGUGGUAUAUCUAUAUUUGUUUCAUAUUUUACAGAUUUGUGGUGUUUUUUCCCCCUUUGUGCCUAUUCUGUAUUUUCUUCACUGAUGAUCUGCUGUCUGCCUUUUUCUUUAUUUCCCAGCUUAACUGCUAUUAAUAUUGCAUUUUUAAUCAUACUGUUUUACACAAUUAAUUCAGUCACUUAAGUUUUAAAAUAUUGAUUCUUUUUUCAGUUAUUUGACCUUUCUUUAAGUUUUUAAUAAAGUUCAUACUUUUAAAUAAUUGCUUUGGUUAGAGCAGAUUUAUGAUUUAUGAAAUGGAUCAAACUUAGUUCUGUCAUGGUUAUCAGUUAAGAUCUUUACAGAAUUAGCACAGGACUCUUAUGUGGGCUUAUAAAAAUUGGUUGGCCUAUUGUUAUUCUCUGUCAAACUUAGCAUGUGCCACAGCAAUUUUUAAUUUAUUAUGUGACUGAAUAAGUGUGACUGAAGCCUGUGCCAUUCUGACUGUGAUAUGUGUGUGUGUGAAUAAUGUGGAGAUAGUAGUAAUAAAGUAGUAUUCACAAAGAUAA